AUGUCCUCCACUGACGCGUUAACCACGGCUGGUCGUCACUUGUUGUCCUUCGACUUCACCGCGAACAACGACCACUUGCACGAUUUCGAAUGGAUUGUCGUCCUCGGCGCUUUGCUCUGCUUUUGCACGGCGUUUGGCAUCGGCGCGAACGAUGUCGCGAACGCGUUCGCGACCUCGGUCGGCUCCGGCGCGGUGUCGAUUAAGUUGGCGAUUAUGCUCGCCGCCGUGUGCGAAUUCACGGGUGCCUUAUUUAUGGGUUCUCACGUGACCGAGGCAAUCCGUAAAGGGAUCGCGGAUUACAAAUGCUUUACCAACGAUCCGGCAAUUAUGAUGUACGGGUGCUUGUGCGUGUUGGCCGCGACGAGUAUUUGGUUGAUGUUGGCGUCGUAUUUGGAGAUGCCGGUCUCGACGACGCACUCUUGCGUCGGCGGCAUGAUUGGCAUGACUUUGGUCACCAGAGGUCAAAAGUGCGUCAUCUGGUCAAAAAAAGUUGACGAAUUUCCGUACGUUAAAGGUGUUGCCGCGAUUGUCUGCUCGUGGUUGCUCUCUCCGAUUGUUUCCGGCGCUUUCGCGUUUGCCUUGUUUUUGGUUAUCAGAACUUUGGUGUUGAGACAAGCGAACUCCUACAACCUUGCGAGAUACUUGUUCCCGGUCAUGUCGAUGGUAACCGUCGUUAUCAACACCUUCUUCAUCGUCUACAAAGGCGCGAAGUUUUUGGAAUUGGACGUCAUGUCGAUCAAUGAGUGCAUGGCCUGGGCGUUUGGUAUGGGCGGCGCCGUCGGCCUCAUUGCCUUCCUUGUCGUUAACCCGAUCUUGUUCAAAAAGAUUGAAGCCGACUGGGAGCGAAUUCAAUUGGAAAGAGCCGAAGGUGGCGGUGUUGAUUCGGGCAUGUUCAAGAAGCCGUCCGACUUCCCGGAAAAGCAACCGAGAGUGAUCCAAAAAGGUGUCUUUGGCAUCCCGGCAAGAAUGUACUACGCCGUCGCAGAUCACUUGGCUAUUUCUUUGAACCACGACAACGACCAGUUGGCGGCUGAAGAUGAAAUUGUUGCCGCGAUCCACGCCAACGCCGAAGUCUUCGACGAAAAGACCGAAUUGGCGUUGAGACCGUUGCAAGUUUUAACUGCUUGCUUAGAUGCCUUCUCCCACGGCGCGAAUGACGUUGCCAACUCUGUCGGUCCGUUCGCCGCUAUCGUCACCAUUUACAAAGCUGGUGGCGUGAAGAAGAAGAUGCCGAUGGGCGAUGAUUCCUACUGGAUCUUGUCUUUGGGUGCGUUCGGUAUCGUGAUUGGUUUGGCCUUGUACGGUUACAAGAUCUUGCACGCCUUGGGCGGCAAGAUUUGCAAAAUGACCCCGUCCAGAGGUAUUUGCAUCGAGCUCGGCGCCGCCAUGGUUAUUAUCAUGGGUUCUCGUCUCGGCUGGCCGUUGUCCACGACUCACUGCCAAGUCGGUGCCACUGUCGGCGUCGCCUGCUUGGAAGGUGUUGGCGGUAUUAACUGGUUCAUCUUGAUGAAGACCGUCGCUGGUUGGGUUUUGACUUUGAUCAUUGUCGGUUUCACCGCCGCGGCGUUCACCGCGCAAGGUGCGGCUGCGCCGAUGUCCAAGUAUCCGGCCUGGGCGAAUAUGAACUAA